CAGCUGCUUCUUCUUCCAGGACUAAAAACUGAAGCGUUUCCUCGGUAACUUGGCGGUUAGUCCGACGUGUUUUGACUGGUUGCUGAAUGGUUAACUCGCUGACUUCUUAAACUGUUUACUGCUGAUUACUCAGCUGGUUCUCUGAUCAGGAGCAGAAAUGUCUCAACAGUGCGUCCUCCUGCCUCUGACGGGCGUUUUCUUCCUGAUCUCCUCAGUGUUUGGCUCAACAUCAGCUCCUCGCCCGAUCUCCUGCGCUACCCGGGGAGCUGACCUUCCUCAGGACGCCGUCGUGGUUUUAUGUCCUCCAGAUUGUUCUCAGUGGAGAACGUCGGUGUUCGGGACGGGAAUCUACGCCGCCGUGUCCUCCGUCUGUGGAGCUGCAGUUCACAGGGGGGUUCUGGGGACGUCCGGCGGUCCCGUUAAGGUCCACAAGCUCCACGGUCGACACAACUACCAGAGCUCCUACGCUCACGGCGUCCACUCCCAGGCCCUGUCCCACUGGACCGCCUCCUUCAGCCUCACCAAACCAGUAAACGUUCCACUGGAGCUGACCAGUGAAACCAGUACGACAGCUCUACCAGCAGUACAACCAGCAAAGAAGCCGCUGAAGAAACCGUCAGUGAAAAAAGCUCUGCCAGGUGGAAAUAAAGACUGCCAGAUGGACAUCGGCAUGGUGAUCGACAGCAGCAACAACAUCGGCCAGCGAAGGUUCAACCUGCAGAAGAACUUUGUGGCCAAACUGGCGGCCAUGUUGAGAGUCGGACCGACCGGACCUCAUGUUGGACUGAUCCAGGCCAGUGAUUCUCCCAGAACAGAGUUCCUUCUGACAAACUACACUCAGCCUAAAGAGCUGCUGUUUGCUAUCAAGGAGUUAACUUACCUGGGAGGAGACACCAACACAGGUAAGGCCAUCAUGCACACGGCUGAGAACUUCUUCAGCCAGGAGAACGGGGCCAGACGGGGCCAUCCUCGGGUCAUGAUGGUUCUGGUGGACGGCUGGCCCUCAGACGAUCUGGAGCAGGCGGCCCUGCUGGCCAGAGAGAGCGGCAUCAACGUCUUCCUGGUUUCUGUGGCCAAACCGUUGGCUGAGGAGCUGGGAAUGGUGAGGGACAAGGACUUCAUGAAGAAGGCGGUUUGUAAAGACAAUGGCUUCUUCAGUUAUUCCAUCCCCAGCUGGUUCAGUACAACCAAACAUGUCCGACCUCUGGCCCAGAGACUCUGUGCCCUGGACAGCCUCCUCUGCAGUAAAACCUGCUACAACUCCGUGAACAUCGGGUUCCUCAUCGACGGCUCCUCCAGCGUUGGAGACGCAAACUUCCGGCUGGUUCUGGAUUUCUUGGCUGGAAUCGCCAGAGGCUUCGAGAUCUCAGACGUUGGAGCUCGAAUUGGUGCCGUCCAGUUCACCUAUGACCAGCGGCUGGAGUUCGGUCUGUUCGACUAUUCCAACAAGGAGGAGGCCAUCAACGCCCUGAGGAGGAUCCCCUACAUGGCUGGAGGGACGUCAACGGGAUCUGCCAUCAGCUUCGCCACCCAGAAACUGUUCCGACAAGCAGGACGAGGACGGAACUUCCUGAUCCUGGUGACCGACGGCCAAUCAUACGACGACGUCGCAGGACCAGCGAUGGCUGCUAAGAGACAAGGUGACAUUAAUUAGACAACAAAGAUGACUCGACUACAUUAAAUUGAAAAAAA